GUGGCAUUUCGCCGUGGACUAAUACUGCUGCGUUGGCUGGCCUGGCCGUCUGCUGAAGCAAAAAGAGGAAAGAAAUUUGAAAAACUUCCAACUGCCGGCCGCCGGUUAUCUCUCCUCCCGGCUAAAGGAUUUUCUUUGGGACGAGAAUCAGACUUCUCGAGGACUUCAGCAGUCAAUUUCGAGAGAUAAAAACGAAUACCAGAUGUCGAUGGGCAGCGACCCGACCUGGGUCAGUAAGAAGCCGCUGCGGCGGAUCGGAGGGAUGUCGGAUGCGCUCUCCAUCGCCGCCGAUCUUGGCUACUCGGUUGCUCCACCGCCUUCUCAGGAGGAAGUGCAGAACUUGUCGGCAUCUAGUGGCGAAAAGGGUGAUGACCUGAUCAAGGUAUUGAGAGAGCUGACAACUGUUCAAAGAAAAAUCGCGGAUCUUCAGGUCGAACUUCAAGGGCGAAAGGAUGAUAAGAAUGUAGCUCAUUUGACACACGUGCGUGAAAUGGAGAAGAAGAUAGAGACUUUAUCGAGGAUUACCACCAUAUUAAAAGAUGUCAUUCAGAAUAAGGACCGUAUUAUAGCUCGUCUUCAACAACCUUACUCACUUGAUUGCAUUCCUGUAGAGGCAGAGUAUCAGAAACAAUUUUCAGAAUUGCUUAUGAAAGCUGCAAGUGAUUAUGGCCCCUUGACAGCAUCUGUCUCCGAUUUCCAAUGGACUCAAAACUUCAGGGAGUCUCCUUCUGUGUGGGGGGAAAUGCUGAGGCCAAUUCCUGUUGCAUUAGCAUCAUGCACCCGGUUCUUCGAAGCCAUGUCAGCUAUGAGAGAAUCAUUUGCCACACUCCAGGAUCUCAGAGUAGGCCACUUAACUGCAUCUCUGCCUUCAACACCGGCAAAGGAUUCUCCUUCCCAAAUGACCCCUCGAGAUUUGGACCUUGUGACCCCUCCAGUUUGGAAAACUGAAUCGAGUCUGGAUGACUUGGCUAUCAAAAGCCUAGGAAAACAACAACAAGAGCUUCAUAGGCAAGCCGAUGAAAAGAUCGAAGCAGACCAAGUUGAUGCCUUGGACCAUCGGAGACUCUCAUGGCCGCCGUCAGUUAAACAGAAUGGUGUUUAGUCGCCCAAUGGAGAAGUCAGAAUACACUCUCGCCAAUGGAGAAGCCUUUACUAACUACCUUGCUCGAAAAUAUUGUAUAAUGAUUAUGUCUCUGCUAUUUUUGUAUGUAUGAAUCUGUCUUCCCCAAUGGUAUUCUUCUCCCCCUUAAACCACAACUGGCAGCUCAUUCUUUAUUUCUUGGUCGAAAGAGGAAGAGGAGAGUAAGGGAGUGUUUCAGGUUUUAGUCACUUGCUUGCUUGGAUAAUUGUAAUAUCUGACAUCCACAAGAUUUGACAUUUUGUUCCCAGUACAGUAGCUCUGUCAAUUUCAGGAUUGUUCCACCACUGCGCACUCAUUUCGUAGGAUAUUUAUUUAUAUUCAGCUAUGUCAAAAGAUAUACAAGUUAG